UUCGGAGAAAUUGUAUUUUUAUACCUUAGUUACUCGGUGGUUGGUACUGUGUCACCUGUAUCUGUUCAGGUAUCGAUCCCUGAUCAGGUUUACCCCGGGCUGCUUCCACUCGUCCCCGUCUCUACUUUUGGUUGACUUUGGACAGAAACAUGCUGCGCGGGAGGGCUGCUGUGAGCCGGUCUUUGAGGGGGUUCAAAACGUUCCCUCGGGCAGCGGUGGAGGUGAAGAACGAGCCCAUCCUGGGAUUCGCCGAGGGGAGCGCCGAAAGAAAAGAGCUGCUGAAGGCCUUGGCCGGUCUGAAGGGGAAGACGGAGGAGAUCCCGUGCGUGGUCGGAGACGAACACGUGUGGACCAAAGACGUCCGAUAUCAGCUUUCGCCGUUCAAUCACUCCCACAAAGUGGCAAAGUUCUGCUAUGCUGACAAGGCGCUGAUCAACCGAGCCAUCCUGGCGUCGGUGGCGGCGAGGAGAGAGUGGGACCUGAAGCCCGUCCAGGACCGAGCCCAGGUUCUCUUCAAGGCCGCCGACGUCAUCGCCGGCCCAAAGAGAGCAGAGGUGCUCGCCAAGACCAUGAUCGGCCAGGGUAAGACGGUGGUGCAGGCGGAGAUCGACGCCGCCGCAGAGCUCAUCGACUUCUUCCGAUUUAACGCCAAACACGCCGUGGACCUGCAGGACCAGCAGCCGCUGGACGCCGAGGGAAGCACCAACACCAUGUUGUACCGAGGCCUGGAGGGCUUUGUAGCAGCUGUGUCGCCUUUCAACUUCACUGCUAUUGGUGGCAACCUGGCAGGAACGCCAACUCUGAUGGGUAACGUGGUGCUGUGGAAGCCCAGCGACACCGCCAUGUCGGCCAGCUACGCCGUCUACAAAGUGCUGAGGGAGUGCGGCCUGCCGCCCAACAUCGUCCAGUUCCUCCCGGCGGACGGCCCCGUGUUCGGAGAUGCCAUCACCUCCUCUGAGCACCUGGCGGGAAUCAACUUCACCGGCAGCGUCCCGACAUUCAGGCAUCUUUGGAAGCAGGUCGCUCAGAACCUGGACUCCUACAGGAACUUCCCUCGCCUGGCAGGAGAGUGCGGCGGGAAGAACUUCCACUUCGUGCACGCGUCGGCGGACGUGGAGAGCGUGGUGAAGGGAACCAUCCGCUCGGCCUUCGAGUACGGAGGUCAGAAGUGUUCGGCCUGCUCCAGGAUGUACGUACCGGACAGCUUGUGGCCGCAGAUCAGGGAUCAGCUGCUGGACAUCCACCGCCAGCUCAAAGUGGGAGACCCCGUUGAAGACUUCAGCACCUUCUUCUCGGCUGUGAUCGACAACAAGUCGUUCGCUCGGAUUAAGAAGUGGCUCGACCGCGCCAAGUCCUCCUCCGCUCUGAAAGUGGUCGCUGGCGGUAACUAUGACGACAGCAAGGGUUACUUUGUGGAGCCGACCAUCAUCCAGACCACGGACCCGCGGGACGCCAUCAUGAGCGAGGAGAUCUUCGGUCCUGUUCUUGCGGUUUAUGUGUAUCCGGAGAAAAACUACAAAGAGGUGCUGCAGCUGAUUGACAGCACGUCCCCCUACGCUCUGACGGGAGCCGUGUUCGCUCAGGACAAGAAUGUGGUCGACGAGGCCGCUAAAGUCUUGAGAAACGCUGCGGGGAACUACUACGUCAACGAUAAAUCCACCGGAUCCAUCGUCGCUCAGCAGCCGUUUGGGGGCGCCAGAGCUUCAGGAACGAACGACAAACCCGGAGGGCAACACUACGUCCUGAGGUGGACGUCUCCGCAGGUGGUGAAACAGACCUACGUCCCCCUCACCGACUGGAAGUACCCCUACAUGGGCUGAGUGUGCGGGGCUGGACCGAGGCCCCUCCCCCACCACAGCAACGGGACUUCCUGUGAGGCGAGUGGAGCUGAAUGGACAGAUGUUGGUCCAUCUGGGGCUCCUCUGCACGCUUUAUCCGCCCGCCGUCUUCGCUCCUGGUUUGUUGGUUAAUUGCCGUCCGAUGACGUUUGUGAGACGUGUCUACUCAGGCUCACCCAUUAACACUAUACAUAUAAAUCAGUGUUUUAGUAAUUGGAUGUAAAAUCAUAUAUUCUGAAUUAUAAAUAUUCUAUUUACUUUUCUACCGAAAAACGGAUGUCUUUGCUGAUCCAAAAGAUCAAAUAAUUGAGAUACUGCCUGAUUGAUUAACAAUAUGAAGAUAACAAAGUUGCGUCCCCAUCAGACGUUAUUUUAGGUCAAUAACUGAACAUAAAAGGUUUUCCUCGGUUAUGUCUCAUGUUUGUUGGUGUUCAUUUGGAAUAAUCUAAUUUUAGCAAGUGGGAAACGCCGUUUCUCCUUUUUUGACGCAACUGAUUUUUGUGUUGCAGCCAAAUGUGACUUCUAGUCAAAAAGCUGGAUUAUUAAAGAAAUGGUACAUUUUCAAUUUAACUGAACUAACCUGAGGAAGUGUCUUAGAUUUUAAUGCAGAUGACUAUAAUAUAUAUAACCUUCUGGGAUUUUCCCUGUUACAUGUUGAAAUGUCACUUUGCAUUUUUACAGUGCUGAAAAAUGUAAUAACAAUGGUUUGUUUUAUCAAACUGAAUAAAAAUGACUUUAUUUUAA